AUGAAAGUGCUCGGUGUGAACGCGGUGUUCGCGUUUGACUCGCAGAUCCAGAUCGGCGGGUCUCUAAUCGUCGGUGUUAUUACUGGUACUGGUCUGUAUCUGCCUGCUCUCCCCUCCCCAACACUUCGCAUCGAGCGAAACAUCGAUGUGAAAGACGAGGAAGAUCGACGUCUUGUUCAGCUUCAAGCUCAAAUCGAAGAGCUCAGCACGUUCAACAAAGACAGACUUCACCGGGAUCAAAUCUGCAUCGUUCAACCGGAAUAUGAAUACUAUAUCGGAGGCAGGAGUGCGCGGAACCAGCUCCAAGCCAGCACGUCGCUUUCCGACCAGGACGACGACAAUGCGAAGGGCUCCAAGCGUCUGUUCCAACACACACAGUCCCGAUCAAGACGUGCGCGAAGGAGACAAGUAGCACAGCCGUCUCCUGAUGACGUUCAGACGCUGAAUGCAGCGACAGUGGAAGCCUCGGAUGGUGACACGACUCCUCCGUCCCAGACCUCGCUUGACAAUGACUCGAAGACUCUGAGCUCGUCUUCCGAAUCGAGUUCCGAGUCGGAAGAAGAAGCGUUCGUCGAUGGCUUCAGCGACUCGAAGGAGACUUUUGUACUGGAAAUCGACGAUGAGACGGAUGAAGACCUCAUGUCGGUGUUGCUGGAACAGGAGUUACCGGAGGGUAUCUACAUGUGCAAUACGGAUCGUCUUCCGGGUGACUUUACGCCGGGGGAGAACGUGCACUUGAUUGUGUCCAUGAAGCGAGUCGAGUGGGAUGAAGAUCGCAUGCGUGACACACGUCUCAAUGAACUGCUCUCUGUUGUGUUUAAAGAGCUCUUCGCGAGUUUGCUGUUCAAGGUGCGUUUGUAUGCUCCCUGUGCGAUCUGCGGCUUGAAGACUCGAGUAGCAGUAGCAUCCGAAACGAUGCUUGAAGUGGUUCUAAGUGGCAUGGCUGUACUGGAGAAGAACUGGGAAGAUCCACUCGAGAGUCUUCUAAAUAACGCUGCAACUUCUCUUGAUAUGGAAGAAACACACGCUGACUCCUCCGAUAUAACUGCGUCGACUGCAGCGGUGCAUGACAUCCCGCUGUCUGGAAAAUCUUCUCCGUCCAAGCUGCACAUCCACAUGCAUCGAACUCGAAGUUUUUCACACAACCGAUCGAAUAACCCCAUGAUGCCUGGAACGACCGCAGCUAUACCAGCUCCGUACGGCCGCGAAUGGAUCGAGUUGACGCCGCUCGGAUACAUUCCUGGUGCUCACGUGACACGAUACCUCGGUCGAGUGACGCUGCACUUUAUUAAGGAGAGCUGGACAGUGCGAGAGAGUGGCGGAUUGGGAGCCUUCUACCACUUGUUCCUGAGUGAGGCCAUCGCUAUUGUCCGAGCGCACGUACGCUCCUUGGGCGGUAACGCCAUGUUGACAUUCCGACUCGUACCCAUCGAGUCCAGUCAACUGUACCGGAACCAAGUGUACAAUAUGAUCAGCAUCACAGGGGACGUCGUCAUGAUUGAGCGAGAAGUGGACAACGACAUUGCGUACCCGCCCAACAUGUGGAGCUCUAAAGCUUCCCAUGCAGCGGAAAUGGACAAGCUCUCGUCUCUUGACGACGCAUUCGCCAACGUCAUUAUUGAAGACUCGGGCAACAUCGACUAG